AGCUGUAUGCCUGUAUUUGACUAGUAUUGGCUUAAUCCAUCCAUCCAUCCAUCCAUCAAUAAAACUAUCACAGUCACCACUUUUUCUCAGCCGCCAAUCAUAAAAACCCCCCAGAAAAAGAAAAUAAUUAAUCCUUAAUUACUGUAUAAACCAAAACCGCCCCUUGUUUAUUUUUCCCCCCUUCACCAAGAAACAAAAAUUUCAUUUCUUUUUUUUCCCAAAAUUAAAAAUAAUAAAUUAAUUUUAACCACCCUAUAAAAGUCCCCAAUUUUCUCUCAUUUUUCUUCCCAUAAUCACGUCCAAACCCAAAAAAAAAAAAUCCAUAAAUUUCAACAACAAUCAUUUUCUUACACACUAAUUUCUCUCUCCUCCCAAAAAAUGGACACCAAAAUAGGAUCAAUAGACACAUGUAACACCCCCACCAACACCACCAUCUGCUGCCCCUCCAAAAACGGCGACGUUUCCACCAUCCAAACCACCACCACAACCACCGUCGCACCACCGGAAUCCACUCUAGGCCGUCACCUCGCUCGCCGUCUCGUUCAAAUCGGCGUCAACGACGUCUUCUCCGUUCCGGGUGACUUCAACUUAACUCUCCUCGAUCACCUCCUAGCCGAGCCUGGUCUCAACCUCGUCGGGUGCUGCAAUGAGCUCAACGCCGGUUACGCCGCCGACGGCUAUGCUCGCUCUCGCGGCGUCGGUGCUUGCGCUGUUACCUUCACUGUUGGCGGGUUGAGCGUGUUGAAUGCGAUUGCUGGUGCUUACUCUGAGAAUCUACCCGUGAUUUGUAUCGUUGGUGGGCCGAACUCGAAUGAUUAUGGAACUAACAGGGUUCUUCAUCAUACUAUUGGUUUGCCUGAUUUUAGUCAAGAGCUUCGUUGCUUUCAAACCAUCACUUGUUUUCAGGCGGUGGUUAAUAAUCUUGAUGAUGCACAUGAGUUGAUUGAUACGGCGAUUUCGACGGCGUUGAAGGAAAGUAAACCGGUGUAUAUUAGCAUCGGUUGUAAUUUGCCGGCGAUUCCUCAUCCUACUUUUAGCCGGGAACCUGUUCCUUUUUCUCUAUCUCCCAGGUUGAGUAACCCAAUGGGUCUCCAUGCUGCAGUGGAGGCAGCAGCAGAUUUUCUAAACAAGGCUGUAAAGCCUGUCAUGGUUGGUGGGCCUAAAUUAUGUGUGGCAAAGGCCUGUGGUUCUUUUGUUGACUUAGCUGAUGCAUCAGGAUAUGCAUUGGCAGUGAUGCCCUCGGCCAAAGGCCUAGUACCAGAGCACCAUCCUCAUUUCAUUGGGACAUACUGGGGAGCAGUGAGUACUGCUUUUUGUGCUGAAAUUGUCGAGUCAGCUGACGCAUAUCUGUUUGCAGGCCCUAUUUUCAAUGACUAUAGCUCUGUCGGGUAUUCUUUGCUUCUCAAGAGAGAGAAGGCAAUCCUUGUGCAGCCUGAUAGGGUCGUUAUUGGCAACGGCCCUGCAUUUGGGUGUGUUCUGAUGAAGGACUUUUUGAAAGAGUUAGCCAAGAAAAUCAAGAAAAACACAACAGCCUUUGAAAACUACAGUAGAAUCUUUGUUCCCGAGGGCAAGCCUCUGAAGUCUGAGCCUCAUGAGCCACUGAGGGUCAAUGUCCUGUUUCAGCAUGUACAGAAAUUGCUUACAAGUGACACGGCUGUGAUAGCUGAGACAGGGGACUCAUGGUUCAAUUGUCAGAAGUUAAAGUUACCCGAGGGAUGCGGGUAUGAGUUCCAGAUGCAAUAUGGAUCUAUUGGGUGGUCGGUUGGUGCAACUCUUGGUUAUGCUCAAGCUGUUCCCAAUAAGAGGGUCCUUGCUUUCAUAGGUGAUGGGAGUUUCCAGGUUACUGCUCAAGAUGUGUCAACAAUGUUGCGGUGUGAGCAAAAGACUAUCAUCUUCUUGAUCAACAAUGGUGGAUACACCAUUGAAGUUGAGAUCCAUGAUGGUCCAUACAAUGUCAUCAAAAACUGGAACUACACAGCUCUUAUUGAGGCAAUUCACAACGGUGAAGGGAAUUGCUGGACAGCUAAGGUCUUUAAUGAAGAGCAGCUUGUUGAAGCAAUUGAGACCGCGACAGGAUCAAAGAAAGAUUGUCUGUGCUUCAUUGAGGUGAUAGUGCACAAGGAUGAUACAAGCAAAGAACUGCUUGAAUGGGGAUCCCGAGUAUCUGCUGCUAACAGCCGUCCCCCAAAUCCCCAGUAGGCCUGAUUCCAUCACUAGAUUCCCUACAUAAAAGAAAACUUUGGUUUUGAGUUUCACGUUUUGUUUCUGCGAUUUUCUCGUUUCUUAACAAGUUUUGCUAUGGGGUUAAUGUGUAGUAUUAAGUAAUCUAGUAGUAACAUCCUAAAUUGCUAUUGCAAAUUUGUGUACAGACUAUCCUUUUCAUAAGCAAGCCGUUUUUAUCCUAUUUCUCAAAAAAAUUGAUUCUGAAA